AUGCGAAGAAUUGGUUGGGACCUAUUGCCCAACACAUUCCGGGACGCGAUUGAAGUCACGAGAGAGCUGAAAGUCCAGUUUCUGUGGAUUGAUUCUCUUUGUAUUAUCCAAGAUGACGAAGACGACUGGAAAGAAGAAUCAUCAAAGAUGGCAUCCGUCUACCGGAACUCGUACUUGACAAUCUGUGCAACGGCUGGCGAGAGUGAUGACGCCGGUCUCUGGCACCGCUUACCUACUGGUACUUCGACGAAAGUUAUUAUCCAGCAUACAGCGAAACAGUAUGAAGUUUACUUCAGAAAGGUUGGCGUUACGAGGUUUCUGCAUACAGAUUCGGAAUCUGGAAUUCAUUUAAGAGAAAUUGGGCUGUUUUCCCCGCUCAUCACCCGUGGAUGGACUCUCCAGGAACGACUUUUAUCUCCGCGACUACUACAUUACGGUCAUGGGGACUCUUUAUACAUGGCAGGGACAAAAAGAUUUUCCAAUGUGGUGCGUAAUAUGCAAACCAGUUCGUACCACGAUGAGGUUGAGAAUUGCUGGAGAUUGCUUGUUGAACACUACUCGACGCUGAGACUUACAUUAUCCAAGGACGUGUUGCCAGCUGUAUCGGCCUUGGCCAACAUUUGCUCAGCAGCGCGGCCUGGAGAUCGCUACCUGGUGGGCUUGUGGGAAAGAAGCAUAAUUGAUGACAUGUGCUGGAGAAAGAUUGAUGUCCUGACCAACCGACCAGAUACAUGGCGAGCGCCUUCGUGGUCUUGGGCGUCAAUCACUGGACAAAUCGGCUACUUUUCUGCAUCGAUAGUAAACAAGGCCUACUCGCGGUUGAUACGGGCAUCAACUCAACUCGCGGGCUCUGAUCCCAUGGGUGAAGUUUUGUCCGCCUCCGUGGUUCUCAAGGGGCCGGUCAGAGAAGCAAUAAUCACGGAUGUUUACCCCCGUCAUUUUCAAGUAGUCACUAGAUUGGCCAGUGUUGACUGCUACGCCGACUCAUGGACAGACUUUCGAAAAGGUCUGAUCGAGUUUGGGGCAGCCAUCUUUUGCCUCCGUUUAAGAAGCCAUUUUGCGUCGGACUUGAUCAUGAUUCUGGUGGAAGUCGAUGGUAAGCCCAACGUUUACCAGAGAGUUGGUAUAGUAGGAGUGAAAACCGACGAAGCCGAUCAGUAUUGGUUUGGGGAUGAUAUUCAGGACAGGGAGAUUGAGAUUGUCUAG